UAGAACUUGCCUGAACGAUACUCUCGAUAAACAAAACUUUCAUCGCGAGUUCACCUCAUUUGAAUCAAUACGAUUCGUGAUAAAUCAUCUCGCAAAGAUGUCGAUGGUCGCCGAUCCCAGAAAUUUCGUGAUCUUGUCCUGUCCUGCACAAGUUGUGACUGGGGGAGGAUAUCUCGUUUCUGAUCGGAAAUAUUGUUCUACUACGAUAACGACAUCAGCACGAUUCUAUGCUUGUUAUGAUCAACAUAUAUGGCACGACAUUUAUAUAAAUAAGCCCUUGAACGAUGGUGUUAUGCGAGUCGAUGGCAACAGCGGAAGAUCCAAAAAUAUCAUCUUGUCUUUCAUUUCUCCGCAAUUCUUGCACGCCAAAUGGUGUUAUAUCGCGACCUACACUCCUGGUCGUGAAAAUAAAAAAGAUGGUGAUGUGAGCCUGACUCAAAUCCCAAAUAUAGAAUGUCCAACAACUAGUAACAAGUAUGUGGAAAUCGCGGCGAUUGAAACCCUGCGUGUCGCAUUCGGAAUACAUGGAACCGAUUUCUUCGAUCAGGCACAACAGCGUGUUGGGAGAGGAAGAUUUUUACCCGUUAUCUCAAUCAUCCUACUUGGAGAUAAUGAUUUCUAUCGUCAGCCAAAAGGAAAGGCUCAUCUUCCGCGCUUCAAUCCUCUAGACAUCACCAUCGACAAAGCUCAGAUGAACGGUCUGGGUUCGUCUGAAGCUAUGGUCAUCACGAUAUGUGCGGCGAUCUUGUAUCGACUUGCACCUGGCCUGACAGUCAAUAUGCCAGCAGGUCGAAUGCCAAUGUCAAUGCGUCAACUGAUUCAUAAUUUAGCACAACAUGUGCACUGCACAAUAGAAGGUAAAAUAGAUACUGGUGUCAAAAUCAGCGCUUCUUCAUGGGGCACGCAGGUCUAUCGUCGCUUGAGCGAAAAAUGUCUAGAGGCUUCAUUCAAGCCAGCUGUGGCCAAGGUAAUUUCGCAGCCUGAGCCAUUAUCUACCUGCAAGAUUAGAAUACACUCUAAUCACGAUCAAUCUUCGAAUCCGCAGGGCUCUCUGCAAGCGCUUCUUGGACACGUUCAUCAUGAUGGAGAUUAUUGGCACGACGAGGACGAAGCUCCGCGUGUCAAACCAGUACCUGUACCCCCUAUGACAACGAUGUUGUUUGCGUCGAUUGAGGAUCCUGAUCGGGUACCUGUCCUGGCUCAAAAAGUGAUCGAUUUUAGAAAAUCUAACCCCACUAAGGACUAUAAGGGGAGUCUCCUGAAGAUGAGUAAACAGACACUCGAGCGCACGAAUAUCACAUCUAGACCAAUUUCUGAUAGUGACACUGUGCAGGAGCUUUUUGAAAACCUCGGAGCAACUAUGAAAGAAAUUCGAACGAUUCAGCGCAAGAUGACUGAGAUGACUGGGAUGCCGAUAGAGCCGCCCGUUCAGACCGAGCUACUUGACGCAUCUGAAAAGUUACCUGGUGUGAUAGGCGCUGGUAUACCGGGAGUCGGUGGGCACGAUGCGAUUCAUGUACUUGUCUUUUCACCGCAAGAAAAGGUCAAUGAUCAAAUUUAUAAACUAUGGGGAAAAUGGACAAAGUCAACCAUUCGUCCUCUCUCGGAAGUUGGCAGAUGGGAUGGUGUUGAAGCAACUCCAACUGCGAGUUUGAUUGUUCAGAGUAUGUCAGAUGUUAAAGUGAUUCAAAAGAUUGUACAAGGACAAUGUCGUAUGAGCACUCGCGCUGCGAUAAGCUUCAAGUCGCCAACCUCAUCGGCUUCAUCGGCUUCGCCCGCUGCUAGGACGACUACUCGACGAAGAAACAGAUAG